UCACUUCAACAAGGGGAAACCACCAUCGAACACAGACAUUGAACUCCUUUAUGUUCACAGGCUUUACCUGCAGCAUACUACUCUCGGUCGACAUGACUGCACCCAGUGAUCUCCGAAAGCUUCUUCCAGCUGUGCUGAUAUGGUUAAUGAAUUUUAAGUCUUGCUCGUGUCAGCAUGGAGACAAUACAACCACCAUGACCUACCCAUAUGAUGAGCUAUCCAGUAUUGAUUAUGAUGACUUUCCUGUGCUGUGUGUGAAACAGUCCAACCACCGGUUCCGUCUCUGGUUCAUAUCUACUUUCUACUCAAUCAUCUGCUUUCUGGGACUGGCAGGGAACAUACUGGUCAUCCUCACCUUCUUCUACUUCAAGCGCCUCAAGACCAUGACAGAUGUGUACCUGCUCAACCUGUCCUUUGCAGACCUGCUCUUUGCUCUGACGCUCCCCUUUUGGGCAGCAAACUCCAUGGCAGAAUGGGUGCUGGGCCUGGUGGUGUGCAGGGCCAUGCACACUAUUUACAAGGUCAGCUUCUACAGCAGCAUGUUCCUUCUCUCUUUCAUCAGCGUGGACCGCUACUUUGCCAUCGCCAAGGCCGUCUCUGCUCACCGGCACCGCACCCAAGCAAUAUUUCUCAGUAAGGUGUCAUCAGCUGCCAUCUGGGUGAUGGCGGUAAUCUUCUCCAUACCAGAAAUGAGGUACACCACUAUCAAUAACAACACCUGCACCCCUUACUCGAGCAAUUCCGACCCUCUCCGUGUCAGCAUCCAGGCCAGCCAGAUUGUUCUGGCUUUUGCCCUGCCACUCCUGGUCAUGGGCUUCUGUUACAGCAGCAUUGUCCAUACGUAAAGACGGAAUAAGGCCAUCAAGGUGAUCCUUGCAGUAGUUGCCGUCUUCCUGCUCAGCCAAGUGCCUUAUAACCUGGUCCUAUUUUGGAACACAGUUGUCGCAUCAAGAGGAGGAACCAAGGACUGCAACUAUGACAACAGACUCCUCUACGCCACUGAUGUCACCCAAUGUGUGGCAUUCCUGAGGUGCUGCCUGAACCCCUUCGUCUAUGCCUUUAUCGGUGUGAAGUUUCGUCAUGACCUCCUGAAGCUACUGAAAGACUUGGGUUGCAUGAGCCAGGAGAGGUUCUUCAGGUAUACCUGUGGCAGGCGGCGGAGCUCCGGGGCCACAGACACUGAGACCACUACCACGUUCUCUCCUUAAAGCUGUUUCAGUAUGGACUAUUCACACCUGCAGGCCACACAGUUGACUGAGCAUAGGAUCAGUGUCUCAAACAAAACAAAAAGGAUAUUUUACAUGUGCAUAUCAGAAGUUAUCACAUGCUGUAAAUGACAAUUAUGGGGGGGUUGCUGUUUUUUGUUGUUUUAGUCUCUUUGAUAGUGUUUAUUCUCGUCAGUUCAUGUCAAACUAGGCUUUGUUUUACCUACAGUGCUUUUACUCAAUCAUUUGAUGCACCAAAUAAUGUACAUGAAACAAACUUAACAAUCCACAUUCCUAUACUGUUUUUAUUUGCUCUUCUCUGUAUUGUAAGAUAUUUGCAAUAUUGUGUAAUAAUUAAAAGAGAUUGAAUUCAC